AUGUCUCUCCUCCCAGCAGAACAUGCGCAGUACUCUGCCAUCAUCGACGGUAUCCUCGCCUCCUCCGACCUGCAAACCAUCUCCUCCAAGCAAAUCAGGAAGAGCCUCCAGCAAGAGUUGCAACAUGACAUCUCCGACAAGAAGGCCCGGCUUUCCUCCCCCACUUCUUCCCUCAACCAGCUAACAUUAACCCAGGACGCGGUCCAAAAACUCAUCCUCGAACGCUUCGAUCAUGCCAAUAAUGCAGCAGCGGAAGCAGAAGAUGCCCCCCUUCCUACCAUCGAAUCCGCACCCCUAGCUACGAAUGGUCAUGUCAAAGCAGAGCUCCCCUCCCACGCCCGCGUAAAAAACGAAUCCACACCUCCCUCCUUCCGGGCAAUCUCCACACCCUCCGCCUCCGCCUCCGCCUCAGUCGCCAAGUCCGAGCCAGAAUCCGACUCAGACAAUAUCGCACCCCCAAAAAAGAAGCGGAAGCAAAUCUCGAAGCAAGACUCGGACGCCAAGUUAGCGGCGAUGCUGCAAGCGCAAGAGAAUAGUAGGGUUAGUAGAUCUACGAGAGGGGCUGGGAAUAAGAAAGUGGUUAAGAAAACGCCAAAGAAGCCGCGGAAGAAGAGCGAGAAGAAGGUUAAGGCCGAGGAUGAUUCGGAUAUUGAGGUGGGGAGUGAUGGGGAGGUGAAGGAGAAGGUUAAGAAGGGAGGGUUCCACAAGCUUUAUCAUUUGAGUGCGCCGUUGGCGGAUUUGGUCGGGGAACCGACUCUCUCGCGCCCCCAAACCGUCAAGAAGAUAUGGGAGUACAUCAAAGCGCGCGACCUGCAAGACCCGAACGACAAACGCCAGAUCCGGUGCGACGAGAAGAUGCAAUUGGUGUUUAAGCAGGACAAGGUGCAUAUGUUCACCAUGAACAAGAUCUUGGGGAAGCAGCUUUAUGAUGUUGAGGAAGAGUAA